UAAAAAAAAAAUUGAACUGUGAAAAAAUGCUGCGUAUUUUUUCAUAUUAACGUGGUUGCGUUUUUAUUUUAUUUUUAUUUAACAAUAAUACCAAUUAGAAAUUGUUAAAUACUCGAAAUCUACAGAAUAUUUGAUGGAUUUUUCAAAACUGAUGUGAAUAACAUAAAAUAUUUAAGUGAAAGCGCAUAAAAACUCAAGUGAAAAGUGUUGGGAAAAAAUCGUUAGGGAAACUUUUCCCUACGCAAAAAAAUUGUGGUUAUGUUGUUUUGAUUGUACUACAACACACAGUUUAACGAAGAGAAUUCCAAGAAUUCAGCCGCAAUUUGUGUAGAAAAAAAUAAAUAAAUAAGAAAAUAGAAACAAAAAGUGAAUAAUUGAAAUUUAUUAAGAAGAAAAAAGAACAAAACCGCGAACAAUUUUAAAUGGAUUUAUAAUGAAAAUUCAAUAAAAAGGCCAAUAUAACGCCCUCUCACUCUCUGCAUCCAUAAAUAAAGGCCAGACAAAAGACGCCUUGUUAAUUUACACACAACACAGACUUCAACAAUCAUUGUUGUUGCCGUUGCUGCUGCUGGUGUUAUUAUUGUUGUUGUUGCCGUUAAUGUUUUCUACGACUUCUGAUUGUUGUUGCCGUUGCGGUAGUACCUUGUAGUCGUUAUUGUUGUUGAUGUGCAAAAACCAAUUUUAAACAUUGAUCAAUGUUCGAGUCUCACUAUAUAGGCGCACCAGCAGUAAAUACAGUGUCCACGGGAGCAGGUGGUAACGCUACGUCUGGAAAUUGUACAACAAAAGUCGCUGCAUCUUAUGCCUCCAGUUUGGGCACCAACACCAGUGAAAGUUCGAGCAAGGUGGCCACUUCACUGACUUCGGUAGGCAGUUUUUCCAACAUGUCCAUCAGCCGCAAAACUUCCAUGUCCAGUGACAGUCAACAAGUAACCAAAGCGUUACAGCAGCUUUCAAUGGGAGAGGGUCUAGAGCCAGUGUCCGACAGAUGCUGUCCCUUGUGUUUUCAAGCCAAGCGCCAUCAUGAGGCUAUAGAGUCCAUAGAUUGUGAUCGCCAACCCUGGCGUAUACGUGAACGCAUGAAAACUGCAAGUGUGGCUUUGGUGUUAUGCCUAAAUAUUGGUGUGGACCCGCCAGAUGUGAUUAAAAUACAGCCUUGUUCCCGCUUGGAAUGUUGGAUAGAUCCCUCUUCAGUGUCGGCCGCCAAGGCUAUGGAUCUAAUUGGUUCGAAUUUACAAAUGCAGUACGAGAGAUGGCAGCCGAGGGCCCGUUACAAAAAAUGUCAUGAUCCCACCGUAGAGGAUGUGAAAAAGUUGUGCAUCUCCCUGAGACGCAAUGCCAAGGGAGAGCGUAUUCUGUUUCACUACAAUGGUCAUGGCGUGCCGAAGCCUACCGCUAAUGGUGAGAUAUGGGUGUUCAAUAAGACCUUUACCCAGUACAUACCCUUAAGCAUCUUUGAGCUGCAGAGUUGGAUGGAUGAUCCCUCGAUCUAUGUAUACGACUGCUCAAAUGCCGGCAUUAUUAUCCAGUCCUUUUUGCAGUUUGCUGAACAACAAGAGCGUGAAGUGCAAAAGGCUAUAGCAGCGGCCCAACGUUUCAAUCUGGGCGUCCAGUCAUCUAAUCUGCCUCCCAGCUACAAGAAUUGCAUCCACUUGGCCGCCUGUUCAGUGGGUGAGAUUUUGCCCAUGAAUGCCCAGUUGCCGGCUGAUUUAUUUACCUCCUGCCUUACCACCCCCAUAAAUAUUGCCUUAAAAUGGUAUACGAUGCGAGAGAAGUUUGUUUUGGUUCCCCGCCUGCACACAGAAUUCAUCGAUAAGAUACCGGGCAAGGUAAAUGAUCGCCGCACUAUGUUGGGAGAACUCAAUUGGGUAUUUACUGCCAUAACGGACACCAUAGCGUGGAACACCUUGCCACGAGAGUUGUUUCAAAAACUUUUCAGACAAGAUCUACUGGUAGCUAGCCUGUUUCGUAACUUCCUGCUGGCCGAAAGAAUUCUUCGUUCCCACGAUUGUACGCCUGUGUCCCAUCCGGCAUUGCCACCCUGCUUCCGUCAUCCCAUGUGGACGGCCUGGGAUUUGGUGGUGGAUUUGGCUCUUCAACAAUUGCCGGAUAUUUUAGAGCAUGGUGCUCCCUACAAACAGCUGCCCUUCUUCGAGGAGCAACUGACAGCAUUUCAAGUUUGGCUGGAUCGUGAGUCAGAGUCACGCACACCACCUGAGCAACUGCCCAUCGUGUUGCAAGUUCUGCUAUCGCAGGUGCAUCGCCUGCGAGCUCUGGAACUUUUGGCUCGCUUUUUGGAUUUGGGUCCCUGGGCUGUGGAUCUGGCUUUGGGCGUGGGCAUAUUUCCUUAUGUACUUAAACUUCUGCAAAGUUCUGCGAAAGAAUUACGUCCCGUUUUGGUAUUUAUAUGGGCCAAAAUAUUGGCCGUAGAUCCCUCUUGCCAGGUGGAUUUAGUUAAGGAUCACAAAUACUUUUUGGCUGUUCUGCAGGACGCUACUGUGGCCAAGGAAUAUCGCACUUUAUCGGCCUUUGUGUUGGCCUGCAUUGUAAAUAAUUUCUUGCUGGGCCAGACAAGCGCCUUACAGGGUUCCCUAGUGUCCAUCUGCCUGGAACAACUGAAUGACGAAAGCUGGCUUUUAAGGCAAUGGUUGGCAAUAUGUUUAGGAAUGCUUUGGCAAAACUUUGAAAAAGCUCGCUGGUCUGGUGUUCGAGAUUUGGCGCAUGAGAAACUGUAUCCGCUACUUAAAGAUCCCAUACCCGAAGUAAGAGCUGCCGCUGUGUUCGCUCUGGGCACCUUCAUCAGUUCUGUUACAGACCGCUCCGAGGAGCAUGCCAACAAUAUUGAUCGCAUUAUAGCCAUUACGCUGAUUGAAAGUGUUAGCGAAGACAUGUCGCCGCUGGUGCGUUUGGAAUUGGCGUCCGCCCUGCAAUGGAUGGUUCUCUUAUUCGAAUCGCAAUUUGUCACGGUCUAUCUGCAAGAACAGCCCAUGUCCUCGUCUUCGUCUAGUGAUCGCAGCGCCAGUGUUAGUCAUGUUCUGACGGGAGUCUCAUCACCCACUGCCAGUGCUGGUCAUGGUGGCAUGCACCAUCAUUCCACACACAGUCUAGAACGUCAUGCCACCAUGCGACGAGGCGUUAGCUCGAGUUCUAUUUCAAAUUUAAGUUCAGCCGCCAUACCGUUUCAAUCGAUUUUCUUUAAACUGUGGCAGGGUAUUUAUCUGCUAGGUCAAGACCCCUUCCCCAAAGUGGCGGAGACAGCUCUAGAGAUUAUAAAAUACAUAGAGAAUGCUGCACUCUGCUUGAUUACAGCCAAAGAGGCCACCAAUGAAAAAUGUAUUAGUCUGAGUGUAAGUUUACCACCAAGUCCUAAUACACGCGUCUCUUAUCUCACCGGUGGAGGGGCAGGAGAAUCACCGCCUGUAGGUGGUGGUGUAGUUGCCCAACAUGUUAACCAGUCAAAUCACUGGACGCCGAAACUAAGAAACCUAGUAAACGAUCCACAGGCCUUGCUGCAUCGUAAGCUGCGCACCACCUCCAUGAAUGAUGAAACAGACAGUUGUGCUGGCCCCUCUGCAACAGCAACCAUUAUCAAUGAACAUAAUGCAGCCAGUGGUAAUGGCAGUGGAGGCGUUGGCGGUGUGGCAGGAGGAGGUGAUGGCUCAGCCUCCGGUCAUAGCAGCACAAGUGAUACCAACUUUGAAUCUAAAUCACAUUUACUGAAACCGAUUGUAGCGACUGAAUUCAUACCCUGGGCAAUUUCCUAUUUCACCCGACCAGGCAAACAUCGUUAUGCAGCCGAUAAGACCAGCGAACGAGUGCAAGUUUUUCCCAUCGACAAAAAUGAUCCGGUGUUGAGAACACGCGCUUGUCGCUACCUACGUAACCAGCAGAUAAGAAGUCAGGCCAAAGAUCAACAAAUCCGAUCUUUACGUAUCGACACUCAAAGUUGGUCGCGCAAAACCCAGUCAACCCCCUCUCUGGUCAGAUUGCUGCCAUAUGAACAACAAAUAGCUGUGGCCUACAGAGAGAAGGUAUUGGUGUACGACUGGCAACGCAAUACCCUUAGAACUUUUACACCAACCGCUGUGCCAUCGAAUGCUGCUACUUCACGACGAAGAACCUCAUCGGCUUCACCACCACCUCACACCGCCCACAGUUCUAUGGCUCGUGUUAGUGCUAUUGAAUUCUUGAAUGCCCAUGAUAUGCCGAUGACUUUGGUCGGUCAUGAGGAUGGAGUGGUGCGCAUAUGGCAACCCAACACGGGUGUUGGAUCCGAGGAACAAGCGCGAGAAGCUCCGGGUCGCCUGGUAACAGCCUGGGUAGCCUUGCCAGCCCUGCAGGCCAACUAUUUAGGCUCUUCACCUAGUUUGGGUUCGAAUUCGAAGUACACACGCAAGGACAUUACCGGAGAUGGCUGCGGUUUGGUAACUGCCUGGCAGCAGUGUUCUCAGCAACUGGUUGUAGCUGGUGGAGCAAGUCGCUUCAUACGCAUUUGGGAUGUAGAGCGCGAGUUGCGUGUCAGUGACAUUCCCAUCGGCAGCGAGCACAGUAUACGCGUUCUCUCACCCUUCUCCAGCAAUAAACCGAGCGAACUAAUCGUGGGUGGCUGUGGUGAUGGCAGUGUUCGUCUGUACGACAAACGUUGUGCACCACAAGAAGCUCGUAUUCGCGUGUAUCGCGAACAUCCCGGUGCAAUACUGAGCUGUUGCCUCAAGGACAAUCAGACGACGCUAGUGACUGGUUGUUCGCAGGGCAAAAUAAGUGUCAUAGAUUUGCGUUCGAAAGCGUCCAAUGGUGGCAUUCUGCAUCAGUGGGAGGUGGGCAAUGAUGUGACCGCUAUAGCGGCGCAUCAGUCUGCCAAUCUAGUGGCUAGCGGCAGCGCCAACAAAAUUACCAUCUACAGUACACAGCAAGGUGGUCGUGUACAAAGUACUUUGCGUAGUAACGAUAGUUUUAUGGGUCCAAAAAUUGGACAUCCCACGUGUCUAGCUUUCCAUUUACACAAAAUGUCUUUAGCUGUAGGUUUUGUAGACAAUACGGUGGCUGUAUAUGAACCAUCACCAGGUACUUAGAGUUUUAUAAAUUAUGUAGUCGCUGGAAAACUGAUGUCGAUAAAAAUCCCCAAACAUUUGACAAUGUGCGUAAAUUUUUGCAAACAGAUCACAUGCUCGACGUUCUCAAACAUCUGCGAAAGAAAACUAAAUUGUCUAAUAU